AUGGACGGGGUUUCUUCGACAAGCACAGCGAAGGAGACGGGCACCGGUAGUAGCGAUACGGCCUCAACCUCGUAUCAGCAGUAUCCUGAAAUGAGUGCUGAACAGGAAUUCUUUCUUUACGAAUUGGAAACAACUGAUUCCAGCAGUAUAGGACUUGUCCUGAGGGCGAUAUACGACUGCGGAGAUGUGCAAAAGUUUGCUCGAGCGCUAGAACACAGAAUACAGCAUUAUGACAAGAAUAUACAGAAGAUUUGUUCUUAUCAUUAUCAGGACCAUAUUGAGUCAAUGAAGAAGCUGUUAGAUCUAAAGUCGAAAUGCUUACAAAUAAAAGAAGAUGUCGUAGAAGUAGAUGAUGAGAUUCAGACAUACAGCGCCAACUUGCAGAAGAAAAGUGCGGAAAUUGUACGGUACAGGAAAUUGCAGGGGAAUGCAAAUACGGCAAUUGAUCACAUUAGUGUCUGCCUUCCUGUCUUAGAAAGUUAUGCGUCUUUAAAAGAACUUAUGGCCCAAAAGAAAUAUUAUCAAGCAUUGAAAGUUCUGGAAGAAUUGGAACACACUCACUUUGCCCACGCAGAAAAAUAUCGUUUUUUUCAAUCAUUACAAAAGUCUAUGGAACCGAUUCGUGGACAGAUAAAGGAGAGAACUUUUUCUGAAUUUACAGACUUUCUUGAAAAUAUCAGCAAAGUUUCAGGUCGAAUUGGUCAACAUGCUUCAAAAUGUACUGCUGAACAACAUUCAUUUGGCUUUUAUGAAACGGAUCGCAACAAAAGAAUACAAGAAGAAGCGAAAAGAAACGUUGAAAGUGUUCAAAUAGAGCUUUCAUCUGACGGGUCUAUCGUUAAAAAGAACGAGGGAGUUCCCGACUCAAAAUCUGAUCGCAAUUCUAAUUUACAGGAAGAAGAUGAGUUGUUAAGUGCUCAGGACCUGAUAGAUUUUACUCCAGUUCAUCGUUGCUGUCAGAUAUUUAAUGUUCUUGGUGCGAAGGAGACUUUUGAAGCGUAUUAUAGGAAGCAGAGACGGGAACAAAUAUUGAUGGUUAUUGUUCCACCAACAAAAUAUAAAGAAUCAAUUCGGUCGUACGUUCGUUAUCUCGAUGAGAUCAUUGGAUUUUUUGUUAUUGAAGAUCAUAUCAUGCAGACAGAACCGAGCUUGGUCACUGCAGCAUAUAAAGAUCAGCUUUGGGAAACUACUCUUCAGCAAGUUAUAUCGACCAUGAAUGCUCAUUUCGGCGGUUGUUUGGAUGUAGAAAUGAUGUUGAAAAUGAAGAAGGUUAUUCUGUUGUUUGCUUUGACGAUGAAAAGUUAUGGGUUCGCUAUUGGAUCACUCUACACGUUACUUCAAAAUUUUAGGGACCAGUACAAUGAAAUUUUAAUGCGUGAGUAUUGCGCUCAGUUUGAGAGAGAACUAGAAAACGAUAAUUAUACACCCAUAACUGUAGAAAAUGAGCAGGAGUUCAAAGCAGUUAUAAAACAGUUUCCGUUUUAUAAGAGGGGUUUGGAUCAGGAACCAUUUCCUCGUGUUUUUCCUUUUUCAAGAUUUGUCUCAAAAAUACAUGGUUUGGCAAAGAAUUAUUUGGUUGGAUGCUUAAAAUUUAUGGAGAAUUUACAGUUGUCGCAUUCUGAGAUAGGAGAUACUGUCCGCCGCUACGCAAAUGUACUUCUAGCACGUUGGUCUGGAUCGCUCAAACGAUUUGUUGCUAGUAAAAAUAGGACUCUCAUUCAGUUAGUGCAAAUUACCAUUAAUAUUGGCUAUAUGGAGAAGUCGUGCGAGUCACUGGAAAAUUUUAUAUGCAAAAUCACCAAUGGUGAUGGCGAAUCUGUUGCGUCAUCUGGGCAUCUAGUUACCUUAAAGGAUCAAGUAUUUCGGGAUACACGUUCUGAGGUAGAGCAACAAGUGGAUCGUGCCUUACAAGAUAAAGUAGACGCAUUUUUAGAAUUAGCUAAUUAUGAUUGGGAACUGUCUAGUUCGAGCGGCCAUGCCAGUGAUUUUAUCACUGAUCUAAUAAAAUUUCUUGAAACCACCUUCGUUUCUUUCAACAACUUACCGCCACUUCUUGCACGUCAUGUAUGUAUGCAGACUUGUAAAUAUGUGGCAAACAGUCUCUCUGAAAUACUUCUUAGCCCAGAUUCUAAAACAGUUAGUACGGGUGCUUUGGAUCAGUUUGAUCUGGACGUCAUUCAGUGUGAAUUAUUUACGUCAAGAUGUCCUGUUGCAGGGUUUGAAGAUGCUACAUUAACAAUGACGUUUGCUAGCUUACGGCAGUUGCUGGAUCUUGUCAUGAAAGCUGACUGGCCAACUUAUCUUGCAGACUAUGGUAGGGAGACUAGUAAAUAUGCCAGAGUCCCAGCUUCGAGUGCUAUAAUCAUUCUUGAGAAAAUGGUAGAGUUCGAGAGGAAGACUUCUAGCUUUUUCACAAAAGGUCGAGAAAAAGACCGUAAAAAACUUCUGGAUGCGAUUCUUCGACAGUUACGAACUCUUGCAAGUCAGUGA